UCAAUGUCAAAUGUCGAUAGGAAUUUGAUAAAAAAUAUUUGCUGAAAAGAAAGUGAAUUGUGAUGUGAUUGUAAUUUGUAAAAUCUUUUGAUGGUUUUUAAUUUAAAUAUUACAAAAAUGCUAAAUAUUUGAAAUUCGAAGUGUAGUUUAAAUAGAAAGCUUAAUAAUUGCCAAGUCGAAUUGCUAAUCGUGUAUAUUUAUUUAAUCAGAAUCAAAUUGGAAUAGCAGAGCCGGAAAUUUUAAAUAAUUUUGCAAGAAUUAAAACUUUUUGAAAUCAAACAUUUUAAAUUAAAGAAUCAAAAUGUUUAGAGUGUUGUUUCACCUUCUUGGAGCCAUACAAUUCGCAUAUGGUUGCUACUACGACUAUACUUACGUACAAAUACCGAGUACGUCGACGACUGUAACUAAAUUUGGUGGAAAAUUUAAAUACUUAACCUACUUGAAUGCGAUGUUGCAAACAGUGUACUUCACUGUAGCCCUGGUGAACGACCUGACAGGUACAAAUGAAUCAUCACCAUCCAACAAGCCACUUGUGAGAAGAACCAAAGAUGUAUUAUUUAGUGCUCUGGCAUUUCCCUUAGCCAUGUUUGUGGGUGUGACUUUCUGGGGCAUAUAUGCAGUAGACAGAGAGCUCAUUUUGCCCAAGAUGAUGGAUGCAUACUUCCCAACAUGGUUAAACCAUGUAAUGCAUUCUAACAUUGUAGUGUUCACAAUAAUUGAGCUUGCAACCUCGUUCAGAAUGUAUCCUAAGAGAAAGUUUGGGCUAUCCAUACUGGCUACAUUUAUGUUGUUUUAUGUAGUGUGGGUCCAUUUUAUAUAUUUUAAAACUGGAAGUUGGGUUUACCCCAUUCUCUCUGUAUUCAACUGGCCUAUGCGGGUAUUCUUUUACUUAUUCAGUCUUGGGCUUAUUUUUGGUUUAUACAAAUUGGGUGAGACUAUGAAUCAAUCUAUAUGGGCUAAAGAGGUAGAGGCUACUGUUAAAUCUGAAAAGAAAAAAGCAAAGUAAUUGGUUAUGGAUGAUGAAGGUUUGGUGGGAAUUAUGUAUGGCAUUUAUGUUUUUGGUGUGGAAGUGAUUUAACUAAGUGAUAAAACAUUGGUGUGUGUGUGGUCUUUUAGGGUAGUAUAUGAGGCUUUAGAUAUUAAACUACUUUAAAGAAUAAGCAAUAAUGAGGAAAAUUUGCAGUGAAAUUAAGUAAAUCACUAUUAUAAUUUUAUAUUCCUAUGUUAAUAACUUAUUAAUAUGUUAAAAAACCAAAUUACAUUAAUAUAUCUCAAUCAAUAAUUGCUUAUAAGGCAAAUGAAACAAAUAAUAUGAGGAUUAUAUUAUUAAUAUUACAGAUAAGAUAAGUAAUUGCUUAGUAUAAACCAUUGACAUGCUAUCCACUGAUUAGAUAAUGUUUUGACUACUUACUUAUAAUUUACCAUUGAAUAUGUUAUGAAUCUUAUAAAUUGGCGUUCCUAAAAUUUGUUUUUAAGGCAUUUAAUGCUUGAUCAUUUCCUAAUAUUAUUUGUGAUUUUUUGAUAUUAAGUAAUGAAUAAUUAUUUAUUUAUGUACUCAAAUUGAUUUAUGUUAAACUAUUUAUUUUCAUUAUACACAUUCUAUAUUUUAGGCAUACUUGUAAUUUUAUAAUGAUGGUGGAAAGGCAGAAUUAAUCAAGCAACCAAAUUAAUUUAUUUACCAUAAGAAUUAAUGCAUCUCCAGUUUCAAUAUAAAAUAAGCAAUUUGCUUGCAAAUACUUUGUUAAAUAAUCCCAGUGUAAAUCUGAAAUAUGUAAAAUAAAAACAACAAAUUUGUUGAUAUUUAUAGUAAUCGGUGAACAAUAAAAGUUACAUUUUUAGGCUUGAUUUGAAGUGGACAUGCAUGUGAUUUGUGAAUGUGUGAUCAAUUAAUUAAUCUUAAUAAUAACAAUAUUAGGCAAAAUUGCAGACAAAAUAAUACUCAGAUACAUUUAAUUUUUAUGAAAAACAUAAAUUAAUUAGCUAAUGAAAUAUGUAAUAAACAGAAUAAAAAUUCUCUCUUGCAUUUAAAAUAUAAAAAGGUAUAAAGUAUCUAAAAAAAUUAAUCUUGUUAGGUAUAGUGUCAGAUAUCAUAAAAUCUCAUUUUAAUAUUGCAUUUUUUACAAAAUAAUUGCAUUUCAGACACUCCCGACAUUGUCCGCGUGAAUUGUAAUAUCUGGAUAGAUAUGUUAUUCUUUACCUUCUGAACUAAACGUAAGCUAUUUGUCAAAGCCUCAUUAAAACUAUUCACCUGAUAGCACUAACAAAAUAGACAGAGUGAUUCCAACAAAAAUUAAAAUGGAAAAAUUGUUGUGUUCAUCACAUAAUUUUUUUUUAAUAAAUCAAGGAAAUUCUACUGUAUGGCUAGGACCGUCUUAGCGUAAGGCCUAGUUCGGACUACUUUAGUAUUUUAGGCCAGUACGAACGGUUUAUGGGCGGUAAAUCCAAAAAUUGUUUGUACCCAACUAAAAUACUAAAGUAGUCUGUACUGCCUAUAAGUGUCUGACGACAUGUUACUUUUUAAAAACUUUAGUUGUAAUUUUUUUUAUAUUGAUUCCCAAUUACAAAACAAUAAUUGAGGACUUAUACCUUAGAAACCUGCUAUGUCAUGUCUCAAAGUGAACAUUAGUUGCCUACUAUACUUACCUAUAGAAUGAUCAUUGUGGACCUACCUAUUAUAUGAAGUUUAGGUUGUACAUUCCAUUCAUGAUGAUGCCUUACAUUAUAUUCCAAUUUUUCAAACGCUCGUUCAUUUUCUACUACCGAUAAUAUUUUAUUACAUGAUUAGUAAUAUAUUAUAUGAAAUUGCUUUAAUCUUGCAGUAGUAUGUACCUAGUAAUUAUUUAUUAGAAUUUAUUAUUUUAAUAAAAAUAUCAUUUUUUA